AAACUACAAUUUCAUUCUUUCAUCUAUUUUAAUUUUUGUCAUAUUCAUCAACGACAAAAUGACAUCGAUAGUAUUCCUUGUGUUUCUAACAAUUAUUUCCAUGGGAAGCGUCUCCCAAGCCACAUCUCGUGUCACCUUCAACAAGCCCUUAAUUGCUGACCACCAUCAACAAUGGAUGACUCGAUUCUCCCGAGUUUAUACCAAUGAGCUUGAGGAAAAGAUGAGGUUCGACGUGUUCAAGAAAAACCUGAAAUUCAUUGAGGAAUUUAAUAAGAAGGGAGAUAAAUCCUACAGGCUUGGUGUCAACGAGUUUGCGGAUUGGACCGAAGAAGAGUUCAUUGCCACACACACCGGUCUCAAGGGCAUCAACAAAAUUUCACCAUCUGAAUUUUACGACGAAAUGAUACCUUCUUGGAAUUGGAACGUCAGUGAUGUUGCCCGUGAGACCAAAGAUUGGAGAUCCGAAGGAGCUGUAACACCUGUUAGAUACCAAGGCCAAUGCGGAGGUUGUUGGGCGUUCUCAGCAGUCGCAGCGGUGGAAGGUGUGACAAAAAUUGCCCGAGGCAACCUCGUAUCUUUGUCUGAACAACAGCUUCUAGAUUGCGACAGAGAGCAUAAUAACGGUUGUAGUGGCGGGAUAAUGUCAGAUGCUUUCAGCUACAUAAUCAAAAACCGUGGCAUUGCUUCAGAGCAAGCGUACCCUUUCCAAAUGAAAGAGGGGAUCUGCCGUUACAAUGGGAGACCCACCGCAUCAAUCAGAGGGUUCCAGACCGUCCCAAGCAACAACGAGCGUGCGUUGCUCGAGGCGGUUUCGAGACAGCCUGUCUCGGUUUCCAUUGACGCAGAUGGACCCGGUUUCAUGCAUUACUCAGGUGGAGUGUACGAUGAGCCGUACUGCGGGACCAGUGUGAAUCAUGCAGUGACGUUCGUUGGGUACGGUACGAGCCCUGAAGGGAUAAAGUAUUGGCUGGCUAAAAAUUCGUGGGGUGAGACUUGGGGAGAGAAUGGUUACAUCAGGAUUCGUAGAGAUGUAGAAUGGCCUCAGGGCAUGUGUGGUGUGGCUCAGUAUGCUUUUUAUCCGGUUGCGUAACUAAGUGGCAGAUGACUUAUUAUUAAAGUGUGAUAACUAUACGACAACAUUAUAAUAACAAAAAAUGUAACACUAUCAUAUAAUCUGGCUUAUCAAUUGUUUAGUUGUGGUCUAAAUCUGCAUCGCAAUGCUUGACCUAUAUGUUUAGCGUCAACCAAAAUGCAUCACCUACUGGUAUAUAUGUACGUAUAAAAUACAGUAUAAUGUAGUUUAUAUUAUAUUUUCCUGGAUGAAGGUAAAUGCUUUACUAACUGAACAAAACAAUGACAGCGUUUGUAACAAUGAAGUUAAAGAAGAAAUAAAUCAUUAACGAGACCCAUAAAUAAAAAUAAAACCACGUACGUUGUUACUUGUAAGACGGAAAAAGUAACCUCAUCUGUUGCUAAACUGGUACCAUCAAAAUUUAUCAUAUGGGUCAUCUACACAACUAAUAAGUUAGUGAUUACAAAUGUAAGAAACUUUUUGGGGUUGGGCCUUUAUUUUUUCCAAAGGCUGUUUAAAGACGGGAAAAGUGCCAACUUCGACCCCAACAAUUUUGGUCGUUACGACCCAAACAAUUGAUCAGUAUCAUAUACGAUCUCAACUCAAUUAUAAUUUGAAAAGGUAUCAAAACUUCUUAAAACGUGCUUAAAUAUACAUUGACUCUAACAUAAGUUAGUCAAUCGUUAACAAGAUAAAACGACGUCGUUUUGAUAUACGAGGAAAAGUGUCAAUUUCGAUCCCAACACUCUCAGUCGUGCCAAAUAGGACCCGAAAAAAUGGUCAGUGCCAAAACCGAGCUCAACUUUAUUAUAAUUUAAGAAAAAAUGCGUGAACUUCUUAAAACGUGCAUAAAUCUAUAUUGACUCUAACAAAAGUUAGUCAACCAUUAACAAGAUAAGAUUACAUCCUUUUGAUAUAUAUAUAUCUUUGAAAAAAUAAAUAAAUAAACAAUUAUGUUCAUUUUGGGACUCAAACCGUGUUGUGAUAUCUUUUUAAAGAGGCACACUAACAACUAGAUAAAAGUAACUUUUUGAAAUAUUACUACAAAUUUGAAAUUAUAUAAACUACUAUUUUUCUUCAUUUUAUCCAAUUUAAAAAUUUGGUGAUAAUUUUUCUGAUUUAUAUAAAUACAUUAACAUGUUUUUUAUUUAUCAUAUAUUUAAUAAACUUCUAUCUUACUAAAAUAUAAAUAACAAAAUAUUUAUUAUUAUGGGAUCUUACAUAUACUUAAAACUUUGAAUUAUUUAUAAACUUUUCUUAUAUAAAUUAUUUUUAAUUAUUAAACUUAAGUGGACAUUUUUCUGUUUUUCAAGGUUAAUAUUAUGUAUUUUUGAUAUUUUGUUCAAAAAUGUUAAGAGGCCUUUUACCUUUCUUUCACUAAGAUAUCUUCUACAAAAUAUUAGACAUAUUAAACAGUAACUAUAAUAUAUAAAAGCAAUCACCAAAGUUUUAAAUUGGAUAAGAUGAAGAAGAAUAGUGGUUUAUAUAAUGGAGAAUUUCAACUUGUAAUAAUAUUU